AUGGUAGAGGCUGAAAUCAAUUUCAAAAAUAUAUUUCCAGAACAUUGGAGUCUGUUUCUUCGAUGCACCAUAUGCUUUGGAUAUCUUCACGAUCCUCAUACUCUAGAAUGUGGCCACACCUUUUGCAAAAGAUGUUUGAAAAGGCUGGCAGAAAUAGCACAAGAGGACAAUGUAGAUGUCCGUGUCCGCAGACUGAGCUUGUCAUGUCCAACAUGCCGACACCCUUUCCCUGCCAAACCGGUCCUCACUGGACGCAUUUGUACUUGUAUAGUCCUCAAACACAUGGUUGAGCUCUGGAAACGGGAAUGCAAAUUGUUAGCCUCAUCUUCCUUGGUGACACUUCGCUCAAUCUGCACACAAACAUCAGACUCUACCCCCGGCACAGAUUCAGACGAAGUAAAAGCUUCAGACUCCAGGUGUUACGAACAUGAGGAGUUCACAGUGCGAAUACGUCCCAUGGACCAGUACUGUGAGGCUGUGAUGAAGAGAGUGUCCGAGUCCACAGAAGACAUUGAACCCGACCCUCAGGACAGCAUAUUCCCUAAAGCCACCAUCACCUACACAGCAUCAGUGGGUCUGAUCACCAACCAUCACGAGAACGGACCAAGUGACAGCGAGUCAUCCUCUCCAACAGACAACGAGGCUAGCAACACAAGCAGCAGCCACAGCAACGCAUCUGUACCUGAAAUAUUUGGUCACAUGAACAUUCCCAGAUUCACUUUCACUCAGUGCACACCAGGCCACUUCCUGCUGAUGCUGGUGUGGUGCAUGUAUUCGGUGAUUAUUGUGGGUCUGGCUGAGGCUUUUCUACCCUACAUUAUUCUGUUCACCCUGUUUUUCUUCCUUGUCAUUCUCGGCUGA